GGACGUUGCCACGAAAGACAAGGAGGAAAAGCAGCGGUGCGCGCUUCUCGUUGGAACGCAGUACAUCGUGGAAGAGUGUGCGCGCGUGAGCGAGAAGGAGCGGUCGAGAGAACGAAGAGAGGGAGCGAUAUAGUCGUGGUGAGAGCGAGACACGAGGAGAGAAACGGGGGCUGUGUGGUGGCCGAGAGAGAAGGAGAGAGAGGACUGUUCGAUGGUGGAAGCGAGAGAGGCCGAUGGUGAAGGAGAGAGAGGAAACUAGGCGAACGAGCGGGCAAGAGACAGAGGACGGUACAGAGUGGCGGUACACGGGGCGCGAGAAAAGCGGUAGUGUGCCGUGGACCACCGCACUGGCAUACCGUGGUUCGUUACGAUCCCCUUCGUACGUCGCCUCGUACCGAACCUCUCCACAGUCAUCAGCGAAGUCACAUUUCGACUAGUGCUAGUGUGCAGUGCGGACAGAGUCAGCGGUUGCUUUUGGCCCCCCAAUUGACAAAAACGAUCGACCGUCUCUUUACCGAUAUACCAUAGGGCCCCGGGCCUUGACCGAUCCGAAAUCAUCGCACGCAUUUUACACGCAUUUCGAGAGAGGAUACAGAGAGAGAGAGAGAAAGAGAGAGGUGCUCGCUCGCGAGGGAGAGAUCGUCGCGUGCCGGCCGACCGAACCGUCGACGGGCGCGCACGCGGUAGAGAGACCCACACAGGCAGUUUUAUAGCCCGUCUUAUUACCCCGGUUUAUUGCGUCGUAACAGUUUAACGAUCAUCGCCUGUUUUCCACCACCUAGACACAGGCCGGAGGCUCACGCCGGUUCACGAUUCUCUCGCCGGUGGCCGUAUCCAUAACAAACCCAUAAAAGUCAGCCCCCGCCGCUGCCAUGAGUCCCAUUCUGAAUUACAAUCCUACGGCCUACUGACAUUGACACUGUGGGUGCACAGCCGCCGACGCCGCCUCUACCUACCGACCUAUCUACCGACCUACCUACCGAUGACUUUUAUGACCACUUAAAAGCGGUUUAAUGCCCGUUUGCUCGUCCCUCGUUGACGCCGUCACCUGUCCGCGUGAAACAGCGUGCCAUCGGUACACAGCCCGGCGCGUUCCCAACGUCUCGCCUUUUUGGCGCGAACCAACCAGAAUCAGCAACGAACCGGACACGAACCGAUCGGUGAACGGACUCCAUCCGAUUUAGGGAUCCUCGAGCCACGGACUAGUAUCGUUCGACUAGCCGCGUGUGUGCUCGACGCAAUUUAAAAGCCCCCCGGAAGCAACGGACAGCGGGGCUGGUUGCUUCAGCCUGACAAAAAGCCCCUUUGGUUGUUCUCGAGUGCCGGUGUUUCAGUGCAAGUGAUUCAAGAUACCCGGGAUAAUGAACUCAUAUUUCGAGCAGACGGGUGGCUUCUACGGGAGCCACCAUCAUCAAACGGGGGCCGCGAGUCAACACCACGAUCCAGCCACCGCCGCGGCCUACCGGAGCUUCCCCCUUGGCCUGGGGAUGUCACCGUACGCGUCCACGCAGCAUCAUCAUCACACCUCGUCCUCGCUGGGCAUACAUCCUGGCGGUGGUACCAACACGAGGCCACCUCAGGACUCGCCGUACGACGCGAGCGUCGCGACGGCCUGCAAAUUGUACUCGACGACCCCGGAGGCCACCGGUCACACCACGUCUUCUUACUCGACCACGGCGACCAAGGAUUGCAAACAGCAGGACCAGGCGGCUGCCCAUCAGAACGGCUACGCGGCCGCGAUGGCAGCCGCGGCCGUCAAGGACGUCUGGCAGUCGGCGACCUCCGGUGCCAAUAGUCAGAGCAACUCGGUGGUGCGCCCUUCCGCGUGUACCCCGGAGGGCACGAGAGUUGGGAGCUACGGUGGCCUGGUCGGCGGCGACCCGGCAUCGAGUCCCGGUAACAACAGUUCCUCGAGGUCCCUCACGUCGUCCUGGAACACCUGCAGUUUGAACUCGUCCGCGAGCCAACCGGUUGCCACGCAACUACAUCAGCAACCCACCGGCAGCCAUACCUUCUACCCCUGGAUGGCUAUAGCAG